AUGAGACACAAUGUUGAUGUAGAUAAUGGUGAAGCAGUAACGAAGAAGAAGACAGAGGUUAGAAUCUGCCUAAAAUCCUUAAUUCGUUCUCUUUUCUUCAUCUUCUCUGCAGUGGCACCCACGUCUUCUACUUCCAAUCCAAUUAUUGAAAGCACUCCAGCUACUCUUUCUGCUGGAAAUAAUGUCAUCGAUCCAACUCAUCUCUACUAUAUUCAUCCCUUUGAUUAUCCAGGGGUGAAUCUCGUUUCCACAGUGUUUGAUGGGAAAAGCUACAGUGGAUGGAGAAGGGCAGUUAUAAUUGCGCUCUCUGCCAAAAACAAACUUGGCUUUACUGAUGGCUCACAGGCGAUUCCAAUUGCAGAUUUGGCUCACCAAAAGGCAUGGUCACGCUGCAAUGACAUGGUUCUCUUGUGGCUUCUCAACUCUUUAUCUAAAGAGAUAGCUGAAUCGGUGUUUUACUCCCAAAGUGCCAAAGAACUCUGGAGCGACUUGGAAAAUAGAUUUGGUCAAACGAAUGGUGCAAAAUUGUUCCAGUUUUUAAGCAAUAUUUUGUUGUCAUCCCCUUUACCCUCUAUUGGACAGGUUUAUUCCUUGGUUAUCCAAGAUGAAAAGCAACGAGAAAUUAAUACUUCUCCUGUCUAUCUAGGGGACUCUACAUCUUUUAUCGUAGCAACUCAAUCAGGAGGAAAUAGAAACUACUAUAGUUUCAAACCACCAAAGGGAUCUGUUGAAUCAAAGAAGAAUUCAAGCACAUGUGCCUACUGCAAAAAGGCAGGACAUAGCAUUGACAAAUGCUACAGGAUUCAUGGAUUUCCUCCAGAUUUCAAGUUCACAAAGCAAAGGAAAUUCCAAACCUUGGCUAACAAUGCUUACCACGUUGUAGAGGAGGUUGAUCAAGGAGGCAAUGGGUUUUCAAAUGUGAAAACUCUAACUCGGGAGAACAUGGGAGAACUUUUGCAAUUACUUCAACAAUUCAAAUUGGGACAGCAAAGUGAUAACAAUGCCGAAGCUACCACGAGUGCCAAUUGUGCUGACAUCAAUUCUUGGAUAUUGGACAGUGGUGCAUCUGAACAUAUGACUUUUAACAAGCAUCUUCUUUCCAAUUUUAAGUCAUUAGGAAAUCCAAUCAUGGUGACUCUUCCCAAUUCUCACAAAGUUAAGGUCACACAUUAUGGUUCUGUUACUCUUCUGCCAAACUUGAUCUUGCAUAAUGUUCUCUAUAUUCCAUCUUUUAAAUUCAAUCUUAUGUUUGUCCACAAGUUGUGUAAACAACUUAAUCAACAUGUUCUCUUCACUCCUGAUUCUUGCUUUCUACCGGGCCCUUCUGUGAAGGGCCACUGGAGAUUGGUGAAGAAAAAGGAUCAUAUUGUUGGUCCUAAGGAUCCUUUGCCUACUUUAGUCCCUCAUAAUUUGUCCAUAGAGGACAAUUCUAUUCCUAUUUUGCCUAUCACUAAGUUUGCUUUUCCUGAUGAUCAUCACCCUGGUGUCUUUGAAUCUCCAUCUUCUCCUAUUAUUCCUGCUAACAUUCCCCCACCUUCAGUUUCUCCUAUGGUUGUAGAUAAUAUUCUAAGAAAAUCUUCUAGGUCUCAUAAAACACCUAGUUAUCUAAAGGAUUAUAUCUGCAACGCUUUGCAACUCACCAAUGUCACCAGUUCCUAA